UCGCGGUGACCUCAUCUCUGAUGGAGCACCAGGACUCCAGGACCGAGUCUCUGCUCUCCGACUGUCCGCUGCUGCCGCCUCCUCCUCCCGCUACCGACAGCCACACGGCCCGGGGACCAGCCUGGACCCUGACGCUGCCGCCCGGAUUCUGACGUCGAGUGUCCGACGAGCUUGAAGCUGCUGCAGAAGAAAAAACACAAACACACAACAAACACAUCACCGGACCAUCGAAUACCCUCCUGAUGACAUCACACCGCUGUGACGUGAUGUCACUCUGCUUCCUGUGACUUCCUGUUGCCGCGCAGGAGGGGGAGGGGUGUAACGGGGAGGGAGGGGGGAGGCGGAGCCAGGAUGCCGAGGCCCGGGGCAGUGCGUCCAAUUGGAGCCGAGGCCCUGGUGGCCCUGCUGGAGGGGGGUCUGGACCGGGUGGUUCUCAUCGACAGCCGGCCCUUCGUGGACUUUAACUCCGCCCACAUCCUGGAGGCCGUCAACGUCAACUGCUCCAAACUGAUGAAGAGGAGGCUGCAGCAAGACAAGGUCCAGAUCAGCGAGCUGCUGCAGCACUCAGCCAAGAAGAAGUUGGAGCUCCAAGUGGACCAGGAGGUGGUCGUCUACGAUCAGAACUCUUCAGACCCGACUGCUCUCAGCUCUGAGUCCUUCCUCAGCGUCCUGCUGGUCAAACUGGAGAGAAGCUUCCCUUCAGUUCACCUGCUGUCAGGUGGGUUCUCCGAGUUCUCCCACCUGUUCCCGGGUCUGUGUGAGGGUAAGUCCACCCUGGUUCCAUCCUGCAUCUCCCAGCCCUGUUUACCUGUCACCAGCACCGGACCCACCCGCAUCCUGCCUCACCUUUACCUGGGCUGCCAGAGGGACGUCCUGAACAGGGAUCUGAUGCAGCAGAACGACAUCGCCUACGUCCUGAAUGCCAGCAACACCUGCCCCAAACCCGACUUCAUCCCCAACUCGCACUUCCUCCGAGUUCCCGUCAAUGACUCUUUCUGUGAGAAGAUCCUGCCCUGGUUGGACCGAUCGGUGGAGUUCAUAGAAAAGGCCAAAGCCUCCAACGCCCGGGUCCUGGUCCACUGUCUGGCUGGAAUCUCCCGCUCAGCCACCAUCGCCAUCGCCUACAUCAUGAAGAAGAUGGACAUGACGCUGGACGAGGCCUACAGGUUUGUGAAGGAGAAGAGGCCGACCAUCUCUCCUAACUUCAACUUUCUGGGUCAGCUGCUGGACUUUGAGAAGAAGAUCAAGAGUCCCAUUGGUCCUGACAGUAAGCUGAAGCCUGAUGGUCCUGGUCUUCCUGAGGAGGCUGCUGGCUGCCUGGAGGGCCCUGGGGGCCCCGGUCUGGCCCUGCUGGAGCCCCUGACUCUGCCCUGCGUCCUGGCUGAUGCCCCGGAGGACCGACUGCUGGUCCGGGCCCUGAGCGGUCUCCAGCUGGAUGAGAACAGCACCCGGCUCAAGCGCUCCUUCUCUCUGGAUAUCAAGUCGUACGGUGAGCCGGGCGGAGACUCCGCACACCGGGUGUUCGCGCCUCACGGCGGCUCCAUGGACGACUUCUACAAACCGUCGGCGUUCAAGGAGUCGGGUGGGAAGCCAUGUCAGUUCUCUCCGGUGGAGGAGGUGUCGGAGCAGUCGACCCCGGAGCAGAGUCCAGACAAGGAGGAGGCCGACGGGCCGCAGAGAGCCACCGGCUUCACCAAACCUCCGCCCAAUGCCCAGACCAGCACCGCCAGCUUCCUGCUGGGUUUGUCCCGCAGCCAGCAGCACCUGGCCAAGGCCGGGUCCGGCGGUGCCCUGAAGGGAUGGCACUCUGACAUCCUGCUGGGCCCCGUCACCGGAGGCUGGUACCUGUCCUCAGAGUCCACAUGCUUCUACUCGGCAGCAUUCGGCUGCAGCCACAGUCUGGAGGCGGUUCAGCGUCGCGGCCGGCAGAGGACCGGAGACCGCAGAGACUCGAGGAGGAGCUGGCACGAAGAGAGCAGCUUCGAGAAGCAGCUGAAGAGACGGAGCUGCCAGAUGGAGUUUGGAGAUGGACGGACGGACAGCAGGUCCAGAGAGGACAUGGGGACGGUAGGCAGCCAGUCCAGCUUCUCUGGCAGCAUGGAGGUCAUCGAGGUGUCCUGAGACCUGUAGGACAUCUGGAGGACGAGUUGGGAUGGUUCGACGGAACACUUGGGUUCUGGUGCCUUAAAUGUUUCGGUUCUGGUUGUCAAACAGACGAAGCUUCAGAUGAAUGUUUACUGAUCUGAUCCUUAAAGCUCUGGAGAUGAUAGAACCACAGAGGAGGAAGAAGAACCUUUAUUGAUCCGUCUGCAGGAAGCUAGCCUGUUAGCAUGCUACGGCUGGUUCUGGAGGAACUGAAGAACCUGAAGUUAGAACCAAACUGUUAAUGUUUCUAUAAAUCACUGCAGCUGUUAUCCAUCACUAGAAGGAUCUGAAGGUUCUCUGGGAGGUUCUCUUGGACUAAAUGAGACUUUUUCACAGUUUUCUGACAUUUUAUAGAUGGUUGAUUAUUGGUUGAUUAUUGAUUGAUUAUUGGUUGAUAAUAAUAAUGAUGAUCAGCUGCAGGACUAAAGUAUUUUUGUGAAUGAACCUUUAAUCUCUGAUGGACUCUGAGCCUGUGAAUGUUUGAACCUUCUGAUCAUAACGGGAAGUGGACCUCCUGCUCUUCCUCUCUGACAGGUGACUCUCAGGUGACUCACCUGUGGAGCUCCAACAGGUAAUGUUGCACUAGUGUGUCUGGAGGAAGCAUCUGAUUCAGCGUGUAGAAAACAGUGAAAUAAAAUCAACAUGUUCCACUGUUUCAACCAA